AUGACUGACCACGGCGAAAUAAUUUCAGUGCGUGGAAAGAUGCCUAGAUACCAUAAGGUAGAAAUCAACAAGACAGAAUGGAUAGUACCAGAGCGGUAUCAAAUGUUAACACCUGUAGGAUCAGGAGCUUAUGGUCAAGUUUGUUCAGCGAUCGACAGUUUGCAUAAUAUGAAGGUAGCCAUAAAAAAAUUGGCCAGGCCUUUUCAAUCUGCUGUUCAUGCUAAAAGGACAUACCGUGAACUACGUAUGCUUAAACAUAUGAACCAUGAGAAUGUCAUUGGAUUGCUAGAUGUAUUUAGCCCAGAAAAAACACUAGAAGAGUUUCAACAAGUAUACUUGGUUACUCAUUUGAUGGGAGCUGAUUUGAACAACAUUGUUCGUACUCAAAAACUAUCAGAUGAUCACGUACAGUUCCUUGUCUAUCAGAUAUUGAGAGGACUGAAGUAUAUACAUUCUGCAGGAAUUAUUCAUAGAGAUUUAAAACCAUCAAAUAUAGCUGUGAAUGAAGAUUGUGAAUUAAAAAUCUUAGAUUUUGGUUUAGCUCGCCCUACUGAAACAGAAAUGACAGGAUAUGUUGCUACAAGGUGGUAUAGGGCUCCAGAAAUUAUGUUGAACUGGAUGCAUUAUAAUCAAACCGUGGAUAUUUGGUCAGUGGGGUGCAUAAUGGCUGAACUUCUAACUGGAAGGACUCUGUUCCCAGGAUCAGACCAUAUCCAUCAAUUGAACUUGAUCAUGGAGGUGCUUGGAACACCAAGUCAAGAGUUUAUGCUGAAAAUAUCCUCGGAGUCUGCAAGAAAUUACAUCCAAUCUUUGCCGGCGCUAAAACGACGGGAUUUCCGCGAGGUCUUCCGAGGUGCCAACCCCCUUGCGGUCAACUUGCUUGAGCUGAUGCUUGAACUGGACGCUGACAAGCGUAUAACGGCGGAGCAGGCGCUUGCGCACGAAUACUUAGCGCAAUACGCGGACCCCACUGACGAGCCGGACUCUGCGCCCUACGACCAGAGCUUCGAGGACAUGGACCUGCCCGUCGACAAGUGGAAGGAUUUAGUAUGGAAGGAAGUGGUGGAGUUCAAACCUCACCCUCAACACAUGAAUACCGUAGUUGAAGUUAAUCCGCAAUGA